AUUCCCCACUGCCAAGAAAUAAAAAGGUUUAGGGAAAUAAAAAGAGGGAAGAGGGGUAGAGAUUGCGAGGAAAAAACAGACAGAGAUUUGGGAAUUGGUACUAAGCUUUGCUAAAGCAGAUACAAAUUGACAAAUCCACUAAAAGAAUUCCGGGAGAAGUUCCGAUCGUUCAUUAUAUCACUGAUUUUCAAAUUCAUCACCAAAUCUGCGUCUUAUAUAUAUAUAUAUGGAUAGAUAGAUAGAUAUAUGUGUCACAAGACAUUUGCGUUUGUUUUGUUGUUUUCUUUCUUCGUGUCUAUCGAGCCCUGAUCUUCAAAAGAAACCCUGAUUUCCAAAACCUAAUGGUCGCAUAGUCAAUCCGUGCCGCGGCGGUUUCGAAACUGUCGUUGCCUUUCUGUAUGUGAGCAAUUCUGGGUUUUUGCAAUUCACGGGUCAUUUGCUUUGGUUUCAUGGGCGAUCUUCGGGCUUGUUCGCCCGAACCCCGCGGCUUGUUUACCGACGAUCGCCUGCUGCCGUUGCCGUCGUUGUCGAAUCCAAAUCCGCCGGCAAUUGGCGCGGCCCAGUGGGCGAGAGCGGAGAAUACGGUGCAGGAGAUUAUAUGUGAGGUUCAGCCCACUGAGGUGUCGGAGGAGCGAAGAAAAGAGGUUGUUGAUUAUGUUCAGGGGCUGAUCAGAGUUCGUGUUGGGUGCGAGGUCUUUCCAUUUGGGUCGGUACCAUUAAAGACCUAUCUUCCUGAUGGAGAUAUUGAUUUGACUGCCUUUGGUGGGCCGGCUGUUGAGGAUACUUUGGCGUAUGAAGUAUAUUCCGUACUUGAAGCGGAAGAUCAGAAUAGGGCUGCAGAGUUCGUAGUAAAGGAUGUUCAGUUAAUUCAUGCGGAGGUUAAGCUCGUGAAAUGCCUGGUGCAGAAUAUUGUUGUAGAUAUCUCCUUCAAUCAGUUAGGAGGGCUUUGUACACUAUGCUUUCUUGAGCAGAUCGAUCGCCUCAUCGGAAAAGACCAUCUAUUUAAACGCAGUAUUAUACUGAUUAAGGCUUGGUGCUACUAUGAGAGUCGUAUUCUUGGUGCUCAUCAUGGCUUGAUUUCUACAUAUGCUUUGGAGACAUUGGUUUUAUAUAUCUUCCUUCUCUUCCACUCUUCCUUAAAUGGUCCUUUAGCGGUUCUAUAUAAAUUUCUGGACUACUUUAGCAAAUUUGAUUGGGAUAACUACUGCGUCAGUUUAAAUGGUCCAGUCCGCAUAUCCUCAUUGCCAGAAAUGAUAGCUGAAACACCUGAAAAUGUUGGGGCUGAUCCAUUGCUUAGCAAUGAUUUUCUUAGGGACUGCCUUGACAGGUUCUCUGUUCCAUCAAGAGGACUUGAGACAAAUUCACGAACGUUUGUCCAAAAGCAUUUUAACAUAGUUGAUCCACUAAAAGAAAAUAACAACCUUGGCCGCAGUGUCAGCAAAGGAAACUUCUACCGGAUAAGGAGUGCUUUCACAUAUGGGGCUCGAAAGCUUGGAAGGAUCCUUUUGCAACCAGAAGAUAAAAUUAGUGAGGAACUUUGUAAGUUUUUCACCAACACUUUGGAGAGGCAUGGAAGAGGUCAAAGACCUGAUGUAGAUCUUAUUCCAGUGUCUUGUUCCGAUGGGUUUGGCUUUGCAUCAUCAAUUUCAGAUCUUGAGUUUCAAGAGGAGAAGAGAAUUCUAGAAGUAAAUUAUACUGAUUCAAGAAGCAUAACUGGGGAAUCUGAGUUGGAUGCUGAGCGAUCGAUGUGUGAUGGAGUAAAUUGUGUUAAGAUAUCAGGGACAGAACUCGGAAUGAGCAAUCCACAAAGAGGCUCUAAGCAAGUGGUUCCCACUUCAAUGUUGUCAGAAGCUGACAAUUCCUCAAAUGCACCUGCUGUUUCAGGAUUCCGUAUUUCCGGGGAUGCAGAAGAUCUUGCUAGCCCCAGAAUUAGAGGUCCUAAAAUUUCAAAUGAUACAUCUAAAUCUUCCCCACCAAGUGGUGAGGAGAGUGUUUCUGUGUUGAGUAAAAAGGCACAUUUUGCACCCCAUCUCUAUUUCUCCCGAUCUGCACAAAAUGGGAAGGAGAGAAACGAAAACUUGGAUAAAAAACUGGCAGGGAACUCUGGUCUUUCUGAGGAAGAAUCGAGCUUUGUUGUACAUCAUGGGCUGAAUGGGAACCAGUCUGUUAAUAAUCAUGAGUUGUUGAAUUCUUUUGUAUCAAAUGAUGUCCCUCCAGGCUUAAGCCCUACUGCAUGCUCCUCAGAAUAUUUACAUACGGGUAACUGGGAUAGGCCCUCAAGUGGCAAUUCUGGAAAUCCUGAAGCUCCCAACUCCUUGGCAGAUCUCAGUGGGGAUUAUGACAGUCAUUUUAAUAGUUUGCACUAUGGUUGGUGGUGCUACGAUUAUAUCUUUGGAGCGCCUGCUCUAUCCAUGCCUGUAGCAUUGCCAUCUCAAUUCCAGAGCAAUAAUUCAUGGGAUGCGAUCCAGCAGUCAGCACACAUCAGGCGGAAUAUAUUUCCACAAAUAACUGCAAAUGGUAUUAUUCCAAGACCACCAUUCUACCCGUUGAACCCACCUAUGAUAUCUGGUACUGGGUUUGGUGUGGAAGAGAUGCCAAAGCCACGAGGAACAGGGACUUACUUUCCAAAUACGAGCCAUCAUCUAUGCAACCCCUUAACAUCAAGGGGACGGAAUCAGGCACCAGUGAGGUCUCCUCGUCACAGUGGCAGGGCUGUGACACCCCAUGAGACAAACUUCCUGGAGAGAAGCAGCCGCGAGCUGUCACAUGCGCAAUUUCCUGUUCAUCAAGGUAAUGGGAAGUCUGGGUCUUUGGAUUCUCACCCAUCUGGUUCCCCUGUAGGGAGGACAUACUCCAAUGCCAAUGGUUCAUUGCUACCUUCUGAGAAAGUGGUUGAGUUUGGAGAUCGAGCAUCAGAAUCACCCUUGCCAGAAAAUAUCAGGGAACCAAAUCAUGGCUCUUUUCUCCCUCAAAACUCUAGCCUGAGCCUUUCACCUGGUGGGGCACAAAGGCCAAAAUCUAUGUUGAGCAUGAAUGAUGAUAGGGUCGCAGUUCAGGCAUACCACCUGAAGGAUGAGGAUGAUUUCCCACCUUUAUCUGUGUGAACGAUGUUGGAAGGGAUAGCAUUUCCUAACAAACAAAGCCUGCUUUAUAAAUGGAGUCCUUUUUCCUGAUUGAGCUUUUGGCAUUUUGUACAUUCUACCAAUAGUUCAACAAUUUAACUGUUCAGUAUCUUUGGUUUAAAAUUGUGGUGUUCAUACAUAGGACGUUUAAAUGAUGGGUUUGACCCAGGUUUUGUUUUCACCAUUACCCCUUUUGUAGUUAAAAUUAUGAGCGCUGCUGAAGACUUCUAAUGUAACUUUUAUUUGAGAAAUAUAUGCUCUUCUGUAGUAGGAACAUUGUAAC